CUUGAGGCAAAUUAAAGCUGUACAGAAUGAAAGAAGUGAACUUUGAAAUAGUGGUUGAAGAUAAAUCAUCUGAGAACCUUACAUCUGAGGCCUUAACUGCCCAUACAAAAACAGAUUAUGCUAAUAUCCUGAGGAUGCUAGAAUCAUCUACAAAUGAUGACAUAGCUAGCAAAAAUACACAAGGAAUAGAUCAUUCUUUGGAUUCAGCCAGCAAAACUUCACUAGAAAUAGAUAAUUCUUUGGAUUCAGCCAGCAAAAAUACAAAUGAAAUAGAUAAUUCUUUGGAUUCAGCCAGCAAAAAUACAAAUGAAAUAGAUAAUUCUUUGGAUUCAGCCAGCAAAAAUACAAAUGAAAUAGAUAAUUCUUUGGAUUCAGUCAGCAAAAAUUCACAAGAAAUAAGUAAUUCUUUGGAUACAGCCAGCAAAAGUACUAUUGAAGUAGAUAAUUCUUUAAAUUCAUGCAGCAAAAAUACACCUGAAAUAGAUAACUCCCUGAACUCAGGCAUCAAAUGUACACCUCAAAUAGUUAAUUUUGUGGAUUCAGACAGCAAAAAUGCACAAAAAAUAGACUAUUCUUUGAAUUCAGCCAGAAAAAAUACAAAAGAAAUAGAUAAUUCUGAGAAAGAACCACCUCCCUAUAAGCAACAGAAUGAAAAAAAUGAAUCAGAAAACAUAUUCCAGUGUGAUGUGUGCCAUAAAAAGUUUGUGAGUAGGAAAGAUUUAUCCAUGCAUAAAAUUCACUCUGGAGAAAAACCACACGAGUGUGGGGUGUGUCACAGAAAGUUUAUUUAUAGGCGACUCCUGCUUCAGCAUAGAAAACUCCACAUAGUUGAUAAACCAUUUGAGUGUGAAGGGUGCCACAAAAAGUUUUUUAAGAGGAAGGAUUUAUCUAUGCAUAAAAUUCAUUCGGGAGAGAGGCCACAUACAUGUGGGAUGUGUCAUAAAAGUUUUGCUUUUGUUAUAAAUCUAGAGAGACACAAGAAAACUCAUUCGAGAGAAAGACCUGAUAUAAUUAAUUCAGCAGAAAAAUCCCAUGAGUGUCGUGUGUGUCGUAAAAAGUUUACUCAAAGACAACAGUGGUAUAACCAUUGUCUAACUCAUGUAGUCAUUAGACCACAUGAAUGUGAAGUAUGUCACAAAAAGUUUUUUAAUACCAAGUAUUUACUAAUGCAUAAAAUCUACUCCGGAGAAAAGCCUUUUGAGUGUGAAGUGUGUCGUAAAAAAUUUGCUUUUGUUAUUAAUUUAGCCAGGCAUAUAAAAACUCAUACUGGAGAAAAGCUGGAUGAGGCACUCUCAGAACAAAAGCCACACGAAUGUGGUGUGUGUCACAGAAGGUUCGCCCUCAGGCAACACCUGUAUCAUCACAAUAAAAAACACUUGAAAGAAAAACCGUAUGAAUGUGACGUGUGCCACAAAAAAUUUGCAGGCAAGGGUUUUUUAGAAAAGCACAAGCUAAUCCACACAGGGGACAAGCAGCAUGAAUGUGAUGUCUGUCAUAGAAAGUUUGUCUACAGCCAGCACCUACUGCAGCAUAAAAAAAAUCACUCUGCACUGAAACCAUACACUUGUGACAUAUGCCCCCGUAAGUUUUUUCACUCGAGACAGUUGUUGAUACAUAAACGGUACCAUUCUGGUAACAAACCAUACCAGUGUGAUAUUUGUUUGAAACAGUUUUUUCUCUAUGGUAAUUUAGAACUACAUAAGAAGAUUCACUCAGGGGAACUACCUCACGAAUGUGAUAUGUGUGAUGAGAAGUUCAUAAACAAGAGUCAGUUGUCUAGACAUAAGUAUUCACAUGAGGUAACCCUCUCGGAGCCCCAAGAAUGUGAUGAAUGUGAUAAGUUUUUUUAUAGCAGUGAACAGCUGACAAAGCAUAAAAAUACACACGCCAGAAAACGUAGACAGGGAGAGUUGAAAAAACGAACUAUACAAGUGUAGAAACAUUUUAUGAGAGCAAACCUGGUCCUUGAUUGAUGAAUUUAUAAAACUAUUUGAAGACCUUGCUCAACAAAUUUAAUCAAUACAUUUAUAUCUGCAAUUAAAUGUGUAUUCUAGUUGGUUUGAGUGUGAUUUGUGUAAUAUUGAAUUUUUUAAAAG